AUUUUUAAUCACUCAAUAACCCAAAAGAAUAUACUUUUUUAUCAAAGAUGAGAAGCCAGUUCCUUUUUUUCCUGGGCGUUUUGUUGCUCUUUGCUUCCAGUGCUUCUCUUUUUAGGGCUGUUAACGGGGAUGGUGUGACGGAGGAGUGUAGCAGUGACUUCCAAAAAGUAAUGGGUUGCCUGAGCUAUGCUACCGGGAAAGCGAACACGCCCACAAAAGACUGUUGCCUUUCAGUGCAAAAUAUUAAAGAAAGUGACCCUAAAUGCUUGUGUUUCAUCAUGCAACAAACAAGUAAUGGUAGUGCACAGAUCAAGAACUUGGGUAUCCAGGAGGCUAAGUUGCUCCAGCUCCCUACUGCUUGCCAGUUGCAGAAUGCUAGUCUUAGUUUCUGCCCUAAGCUUCUAGGCAUAUCUCCUAGCUCUCCAGACGCUGCCAUCUUCACAAAUGCUUCAACAACAGCAAUUCCUGCUGCAUCAACAUCAACAGGAACAUCACAAUCAGAGAAAGCAGGUGACUCCAGUGGAUUCCGGCAUAGAACACACCUUGCAGGUCUUUUCGUGAUUGUUGCUGCCAUCUUCGUAUUUGCUUCCCCUGCUGGGUCGGCCUCCAUGUUCCAGUUUUAGGGGUGAACAGCAACAGCACCUAAUGAAAGCAAUGAAAACGAAGCUUGGGUUCCUUUUGUACCUUUUCUUUUGAAUUUUCAGGAUUUAAUCCAACUCUCGUUGCAAGUUGUGUAAUCUUGUCUCCUGCACUUAAGCUAACAUUCGCCUAUCAGGCUAUUAUCUCCAAGCACGAAUGUUCUGAUAUCAGGAUGCUGACUAUAUUGCUUCGCUA